AGAGUGUUGUACAUCUCACCUGAGUGACCCACAAUCCUCAGCGCUAUAUACUCGUGCGCAGCGACGGCUUGAGAAGGUCUCGAGAUGUCUCUAAGGCGUUCUUUCAGGAACCCAUCGGUUCCCGGGCUAUCAUCCGUCGCGUCGACCAAUUCACUUCCAGGUCCAUCCAAUCUCCGCGAACGAUAUAGGAACUGGCGGACUCCUCAAACGGCACAGCUCGGUGGAACGACAACAAGACGAGUCAACAAUGGUAUGGUGUAUGAUGUGCCUGAUGGAGAGCUGGGCAAGCGAUCGAUCGGUAGUGACAGUGCACGAGCCAAUGAAUUACAGGGCAAAUUCGCGCGAAUGGGUGACCAUGGAAAUCGAGGGGGAAUGAUGACAGGGCAAGCUGGUACGGUCAGACAGAGAGUAUAUGAGACUCAAGUGGAGGAUGAAGAGAAUCUAGAUGAAGGGGAUCAAGUUUCUGAAGAGGAGCGUCAGAAGUUAGGGGAUGAAGCGGGUGUACCGAGCAUCCUCGCCAUUCAUUCUUCUGGUGGAAUGCAAAUCGGUGCGGCAUUUUAUGAUCCAAUAUGGAAGAAAGUCAGCGUGUUGGAGGAUACGAAGGAUAACGAGAAGUGGGAUUUGGUGAUCCUACUACUUGAGCAAUGCUGUCCAAGUGUCGUCGUGACGAGUCCAAGUGCUAAAGACAGUCUCAAGGAUGUCAUUGAGUCGUUCUGCACCGAGAACCCUGCCACGUCCUACAAGCUUCAUCUAGGCAAAGACUUCACGAUUGGACGAGCAGUCGACCUCAUGGCAGAAUUGAAUCUCGCCAAUCUUGUUGUUCCGGCUCACAAGGCAGCAUUAUCGUCUCAGGGAACCGUCGCUGCUCAAUCUGCACCAUUUCACUCUUCUCCAACCCGAUCUUCUACAUUCUCAUCCGAGUACGAAGGGAGAAUGGGUCCUGACGAGGAAGAUUUCGCCGGUAUGGGAAAGAGAAGGAUGACUUUGGUAAAGGUCGGGACGCUGGUCAAUGUGGAUGCACCGAUCGCCAUGUCCGCCAUGGGAGGAUUGCUCGCACAUCUACGGGUCCUGCGGAAGGCGCAGGCCCGCGAGACCUCUCUGAUCUUCCCUAUCGAACGAUUAGAAAACAUGGCUCUAGACCACUACAUGUUGAUCAAUCGAGAUGCUCUGGAAUCACUCGCCAUCCUUGACGACGGAACGCGAGACAGAGGCCGAGAUGAAACCAUGGGCAAGCAGGAGAAGUUAACGCUGUUUGGACUUUUCAACACCUGCUGCACUGCCGCCGGCAAGAAUCUCUUUAGGUCCUGGUUCCUACGUCCCCUGCUCGACCUCGAUCAAAUUUCUGAACGUCACGAUGCUAUAGCCAUCUUCUCGGGUGCCCAUGUAUCCGCCGACUCUCAAGGUCUUCUCUCGCUCGAGGACAAUCCUAGCAUCUCUGAAAACAUCCGAAAAGAAAUGAAGAAGAUCACAAAUGUGGCCCAAAGUAUGAAGAAGAUCAAAAGGGGGUUGGAUAGUCCGAUCGAUUGGUCAGGUGUGACUCAAUCCAUCGCAGCGGUGAUUGAAGCGAAGGAAUUGCUGCAUCAGAUGGAAGGAGCUGACACGUUGCCUGUGGUCCAACAGUUGCAGACCGCUGUCAGUCAUGAACUCCAUCAGGUCCUACAGCUCUGUGCUGCCAACAUUGAUUGGGAGUCCUCGAUGGAUGAGAAAAGGAUAUGUCUCCGUCCUGGUGUAGAUAAGGAGCUGGAUGAGCUGAAAGCCAAGGAUAAGACGAUUGACCCGAUCCUUAUGUCUCUGGCGAAUAAACUGCGCUACGAGCUCGAUCCUCGGUUCUUCCAGGAACUCGAAUGUCUUCGAUGGGAUCAAUUCGGCUUCUUACUCAGGGUCCGAACUCAUGGUGAUGGAUAUCGUGCCCCGGAGGAUUUUGAGCCAAUCAUGGAACAUGAUGGGUGGUACUACUUUCGGAGCGCUUACACUCAAGCCUUGGACAACGAGUUUGGAGAUAUCGGCGGAAUGAUUAUGGCGAGGGAGCUGGAAAUUGCCUCGAUCAUGGCUGAAAAGCUACUUUUACACGAAAAGGAGUUUGAAUCUAUACAGGAGAUCGUGGCAAAUCUCGAUUGCCUUCUAGCACUGGCCAAAGCGGCUCUCAAUUAUCAGCUCAUCCGGCCUCUGAUGUCUGAGGAGCCACUAUUGGAGAUCAGGGCGGGCCGCCACAUCCUUCAGGAGCUCUGCGUCAGCAAUUACAUCCCGAACGAUACGAUGAUGGAGGGUGGGCAAAACGAGCGUUACAACAGCAUGAUGGUCAUUACCGGCGCCAAUGCGUCUGGAAAGUCGGGAUACGGAAAGCAGGUCGCUUGGAUCGCGUUCAUGGCUCAGAUCGGUUCGUACGUGCCGGCUGAACAUGCUACUAUUGGUUUGGUCGACAAGAUCUUCACUCGGAUCCAGACUCGAGAGUCCGCAUCAAAGCCAGCUUCAGCCUUCAUGAUUGAUCUCGAGCAAGUCUCACACGCUCUCCGUGGAUCAACUGAGCGGUCCCUCAUCAUUCUCGACGAAUUCGGUAAGGGGACCGAAGCGGCCGAUGGUGCCGGCCUGCUCGCUGGGGUUGUGGAGCACCUCCUCAGUGGUGCUUGUCCUCGUACUAUCGUGCUGACGCACUUCCACGAAUUGUUCGCUCAAGAGAUCAUUCCUGAUACUUUGCCCAUCACCUUUGCACACAUGGGGACCCAAUUCUAUGACGAUGACCAAAGUUUGGCAUACCUCUACAAACUCUGUCCAGGCCAAAGUGGAACAAGCUACGCGGCUGAAUGUGCGCUGGCCCAUGGGCUACCCAAAAAGAUUGUUGAUCGCAGUCGAGAAGCGACGAAGCUCUUUGCGACGCAUCAAGCUAGCAAGCUGUACGAGACGGAACCGACGCCUGAAGAUAUCAAAGAUCUCGAAAAGUGCGAGACUCUAGCGAAGCGAUUUCUCUCGUGGGACAUUGAUCCAGAGACUACUGAUAUACUCGAAACAUUGCGUUACAUUUUCCAAUCGAGUAUGGGUUUGGACGAAGAUGGUAAGGAGGAGUCGAGCGAGCAAGAAGGUCAAGGACGAUGCGCAAGCUCAGAAAACAACGCACAGGGUGAAGGGUCUGCUGGAAUCGAAGAAAUGGAUGAGGUGCUAUGGGAUGAUAGUGAGGACAUUGUGAAAAUACCGAGAUCAAGGUUCGAAACCGGCGUCACUAGCCCUGGCGAUCAAGAUGACGAGUCUGUGAUUGGGACUGUCGACCUGUACGAGCUGAACAACUGAAGAUGGACAUCAAGUGACUUCUGACUUCUGAUUUCGAUUUCGACACGAUGAGAUGAUGCUAAUGAUGGAAUGGCGGGGGCCGAGGAGAGUAGAAGUCGCUUAUGCCACUCAUGUCGCAUGCAAGAAUAUGCCAGUAUGGCGGUGGAGGCGUGGUAUGAUCCUUUGACACAAUUGUUUACUCAAAGACCUGUGACCCAAUCAAUGUCACGUCGGCCGCCCACGGCGAUCAACUUCGACCAACCCGCGGUUGAGAUCUAAUCAUAGAUCAUGAAGCGGCGAUGGCAAUUAGCGAGCAAUCGGUUGAGUCGGUGAGAUGCUGCAUGCCACAGGCUACUUGUCUCACUGGACAUGCUUAUUCGGGCGAGGCGGACACGUGUAGCCUCCGCCAAGGUCAGGAGGAGGAGGAGGUGGUGGUGGUCGUGGUGGUGGCCGCUCAUCGGCUUUGGAGGCGUUUCUAU